UAAUUAAUUUGCUCGAGAAUACGAAACGUAGAAAGACCUACUCUCUACUCUAAUAGCAUUCACUGCAGCUGUGAAUUAACUGAGUUCUGAAUCUCGGGUUAGAGUACGGGACUGAAAACGUCGAAUAAGCUGGUGCUGCGGAGGCUCCGCUCCGUGGGUCUAGUUUGAUACCCGAUCUUUUUAACUCGUACAUAUCAGCAAGAGGUCGAAUAACGGUGGGUUGCUUGGGAACUUGACGGUGGGUUGCUUGGGAACUUCUUUUCCCUUUUCCAGCACCGCGUGCUUCUAUUCUCCGGUAAUCUCUGUCUCCAACUCCUCUGCCCGCAUAUGAGCCAGCAAGUCCAUUCACGACAGCUGCUUAGUUCAAUUCAAUUCUGUACCGGUAGAGUUCUUUCUGCUGCCGAAAAGGUAUAAUAUGCUGGAAAGAGUUCUAAAAUACUGCUGAUGGUGCCAAUGACUCUAACCCGCUGCAUAAACUAUAGAACUUUCAUCCCUUUUGCGUAACCUGCUUCCUGCUUAUUAAUUUAAUAGUGAUAACACGCACACUACUCACUACUCAUUUCCUCUGCCUAUGGCAUUACGCUUAUCACUUCCGGAAUUCACUCUUGGCACCGUAAGAUGUCCGCGAACAAAAGAAAAGGUACGAGGAACGACGUGAGCAGCCUAGAAAGGCAAGCAUAGAAAGCUCUCUCCUACCUCGGUCUGGACUCAUACCAUUCACAGAUCACUUAAUUAAUGGACUAUCCCGAACGCGUACAAAAGGAGUUGGAUGAUCGGCAGAUCGGGCACCAGAACCAUUCCACGAUAAUCAAAGGGGCAUGAAGAUUCAUUAGAAAGCUCAGGGUUAGGAGAAGAAACCAUUCACUCUCUGAACUCAUAUGUCAUGGAAUCUCACGCGAGCUACAAGCGGAGCCUACUGCAACGGACUCACUUAGCUAUCGCAGCAACAACAGGUCUAACAUGGCUAUUCAAAACGUAGAAAGAUCUACCACGUCGCUGUCUUCCCGUCUUAGUCGCCCCACUAUGUUCGUCCCUUAAAAAAGCCUCCUACCUCCUAAUAUCCAUGAACUCUAUAUAAAUUCACUCUUUCCCUCCUACCCAUACGUCUCUUUCGCUCCACUCAGCGGAGUCUUGUCCACGUCCCACGUCGCUUUGCUCGUACCUCGUACGCUCUUUGGGUAGUUUGAGGUUAAAUGAAAAGAAGAAGAGGAGCAUAUGCCUUCUACUCUUUUGAUUCCCUCAACUCUGUAGCUCUUUCCCUUCCGAGUACAAAUAGUGAGAGGGUACCUACCUGCUUAUGACAUCUUUAUAGUGCCUCCAAAGUGAGACCUAUCACUCCAAUUCUAUUCAUGCUUGGCACACUCAACUAAAAGAGGAACUCGUUACGGGGACCAGAUUCAUUAAGUAUAUAGUUUAGUAGCUCUUCCCUCUCUCUUAGCCACGUCGCUGGUAGGUAUCGCUCGCCCCUCUCCCACAGCAACCACAGCAACACCCAACCCCCAUCAUAAGUAUUAAAUGGCUUUAGGCCAUUUACUCUUACCAUCAUAAGUAUUAAAUGGCUUUAGGCCAUUUAGAUUAAUACUGAUGUGUAUUCUUUGGCCUUCUCAGUCGAGACGUCUACUACUGUUAUCACUCGUUGCUCUCGCUUACGCUCGAGUUGCUCCCUAUGGUCCUUCCUCUCUUUUGAACUGCAGGAGAAGGUACAGAGCCUCAGCUGCCGAAUAAGGCGUAUUAGUUUGAACAAGAGGAAUGAACGUGCGAGUGAGAACGACGCGUCCAACUCAAUGUCUGGAGAUAUGUUGCCAUUCCCGGCGAAGGUUUUGGGGCGUAAUGCGUCUGUCUUACGCUCGAGCCCUCGUUAAACAAAGGCCCUUUCGCGCAAGAAAGAUCGGACUACUUACUAUAUAGUUGAAUUGUUAAGCAGGUGCCCUAACCUUAGAUAGAGUUUCUGCUGCCCGUGACUUCCGAAUGUGCCCUUAAGAGCUCUGGAGAUGGAGUUUGAAUUCCGCCCAGUCCGAACCUUGAAUGUACGCUCCACCUGGCAUUCCGACCUACGGGAUCAUGGUUCAAAUUCAUUCCAGUUCACCGAGGAUCAUCAGCAGUAUUUUGAAUCAAUUAUGAAAUGAGUUAGAGAAAAAAAAAGAAGACCCGAACCCAUCAGCAAAUCAAAGACUGUUUGAAUUUAUCGAAUAAUCAAAACUAGAAUAUCUUUUCUUCACUCUAAAUACUUAUGAUGGGUUUUUAGGAUCAAUUUUGACGAUCAGUAUACGUUUUUCAUGUCCAUUCACUCCAGCUUAAUACGUUAAUGGGGGCCAUUCACUCUUGGUGCUGGGGCAGGGUAUCCCCUGAUAGAGCUCGAGCGUAUGCGAGAGGGGCGGAGAGCUGAGUAUUACGAAAGGGAAGGGCCAUCAGCAUUCUCGAGUAGUUUUGAAUCGCUACUGCCAUUCACGACUGGUGCUGGAGAGAGAGAGUCUUGUAUAUGUUUCUGUAUCUUGUAUCUCUUUUUUUUAUCUCUUUGUUGUAUCUUGUAUCUUUUGUGUUGUUUUGGGCCGUCUGACUUCCAUAAUCCGCGAUAGCGACGUGGAAAGAUCGGUUUAAUGUACGGGACUCGAGCCCUCACUCCACAACUAGAUAAGAAAGUGCAAUCUCACCUAAGGACAGACUCGUUCUCUAACCAUUCAAUCCUAUAGUGAAGUGAACCGAGGGCCGAGGGUCUCGUACCUCGUCCCUCUCCCUCUAAGCUGGUCGAGUGUAUUUGAUUAUAUCUGAUCCCGUGGGUUGCCCAAGAAGAGUGUUUUUCCGCCGCUGUUCUAAACAAUAAAUGACCAAAGACAGAUAAAGGACCAACGACGAUCUAUUUUGAGUUGGAGGCGCAGAGUAGGAGGUCAUUGAAGUAGAGGCAGAAUCGAAUGAUAACGAGAGAGAGAAUGAGACAAAGCGGGAGAGCACUUAGACAUUGCACUUUGAGUACGGGGAAGUCUGCAGGGAGGAAUUCCUCCGGGCGUAUUACUGCUUUUCACCGAGGGGGUGGAUCGAAGCGAUUGCUGCGAAAAAUUGACCUGAAACGAAGCACAUCGUCUAUUGGCAUUGUAGAAAGGAUUGAAUAUGACCCUAAUCGUUCUUCUCGGAUCGCUCUAGUACGAUGGAUCGAGGGGGUGCAGCUACUGAGCCAGAGGAAAUGCUACACGAUAGAAGAGUUCGCUCCGCCGCGUAAGAUCCUCGAACCUACCACGGCCACCAUCUUUUGCCUUUUUUCGUUCUCCUUCCUGCCCGGUAAAGUGGAUCAAAGAAGGGUAGCUUGCUCCCAAGCCAAGUGCUUGCUUACGCUUUAUGUAGUGGUCGGCCUUCCUACCUUCAUGCCUCCUUGGUCGAAGAGCCAAGCCUGCACUGGAAGCAAAGAAACUUGCGCAAAGGACGUUUUCUUCUCUGCCCUGUCCUCUCCCUUGGCCAAGGGAGAGACUGCAUCCCUUUCCUUCGGUAGCUCUUUGGCUUUCCCAAGGAUAGCGGUUGCUGGGGCAAAGCCCGCUUUCUUCGCUCCGCGAAUGAGAGAGAAAGUAAUCGGAAAAAAGAGGUUUUCUCUUUGCGAGAUCCGAAAGUGGAGAACGCAUUGCGUUCUCUGGGCACAUAGGAUCAAACGUAAAGCAGCGCUUUCUUGGCAGAGUUUGAGGCAGCAAGAAAGUUUAGGGCUUGUUGGAGCUGCUGAGCAUAACGCGGAUCAAGGUAGCUUGCCUGCCAAGCCUAUAGGCGAAGGGACGAAGGAUGGAGCGUGCAAAGUCGAUCGUGCACCUGUCACUUAUAUAUUAGCCAGUCAUCAAUUGGAAGCGGGUAAGAUAGUGAUGAAUUGCGAUGGGUCAAAACCUUCUAAAAGCGGCUUCUUGCGACCUGCCCAGAAUGCCCAUACAUACCUUCGGUUCCAAGACCUUGUUCGCACAGCGAAUAAAGGUCGGGUUGAAGGGGGCAGUCAGCUGGCAGCUUCUUGGCCACGCCCCCCUGCUUUUAGAUACGAGAUACUUGAUCGAAAUUCUCAAGUUGGAAAUAGCAUACCAUUAGCUGAUAUACGUAUGGGAACAUGGGUACAUGAUAUUGAAUGUCAUCCAGGUCAAGGCGCAAAGCUGGCUCGAGCCGCUGGAACUUAUGCUCAAAUAAUUAAGGAGCCAGCCCCACAAUGUGAAGUGCAGCUACCUUCGGGUGUUGAAAAAGUCAUAGAUUCCCGAUGCCGAGCUACUAUUGGUAUUGUUUCCCAUCCCAACCAUGGUGCACGUAAGCUUAGAAAAGCAGGACAAAGCCGGUGGUUAGGCAGAGGCCCCAUUGUUCGUGGUGUUGCAAUGAAUCCAGUGGAUCAUCCUCAUGGAGGAGGUGAGGGGCGCACAAAAGGAGGUAGACCUUCGGUCUCACCUUGGGGGAAGCCCACCAAAGCAGGAUUUCGGGCAGUAGUGGGGGUGGGGAAAGGCAGAAUUUAGUUCAUGCCACGACGAUCUAUAUGGAAGGGCUGUUUUGUUGAUGCUUUCCUGUUUAGAAUGAAGAAGAACAGAGACAGUGUUUUGAGCAGGAAAAUUUGGUCACGUAGAUCUUCUAUUUCGCCGGAAUUCGUUGAUUGCU